AAUGCUCUAUGGUUAGUCAUCGCCUUAUCUCUGAAGGGGGGUGUGGUUAUUUGGGAUGACUUCGCGUUGAAUUUGAGUUAUAGUUAAAAUUUAUUCCCGUAAACUGAAAGUAAAAUCGCUUUUAACAAAGAAAUCAGGAUGCUCGGCCGACUCCCAGCAUGUGUAAUCGACGUGGGUACGGGGUAUACGAAAUUAGGUUUUGCAGGCAAUAAAGAACCUCAACUUAUGAUACCGUCUGCAAUUGCUAUUAAAGAAACUGCGAAAGUGGGAGAUACCAAUACCAGGAGAAUUACCAAAGGUGUCGAGGAUUUAGAUGCCUACAUCGGAGAUGAAGCUUUCGAAGCUACUGGCUAUUCCGUGAAAUAUCCAGUCAGACAUGGAUUAGUGGAAGACUGGGACUUAAUGGAAAAAUUUCUGCAGCAAUGUAUUUUCAAGUACCUUAGGGCAGAGCCGGAAGAUCAUUAUUUUUUACUUACCGAACCGCCGUUGAACACUCCCGAGAACAGGGAAUACACUGCAGAAAUAAUGUUUGAAUCGUUUAAUGUACCAGGUCUUUAUAUAGCUGUACAAGCAGUAUUAGCAAUAGCUGCCUCUUGGACGUCUAAGCCAAUAGAGGAUAGGACUUUGACCGGUGUCGUUGUCGACAGUGGAGAUGGUGUGACACAUGUGAUACCGGUGGCAGAAGGUUUCGUUAUAGGAAGCUGUAUAAAACACAUUCCUAUCGCUGGACGCGAUAUUACUUAUUUCAUUCAAAAUUUAUUAAGAGAACGAGAAAUUGGAAUACCACCUGAGCAGUCGUUGGAAACGGCUAAAGCGAUAAAAGAAAAGUACUGCUACAUAUGCCCUGACAUUUCGAAAGAGUUUGCCAGAUACGACACUGACCCUACAAGAAUAAAGAAAUACGAGGGUAUCAAUAGUAUUACAAAACAACCUUUCACAGUGGACGUUGGCUACGAAAGGUUCCUUGGGCCAGAAAUAUUUUUUCAUCCUGAAUUCUCUAAUCCAGACUUCACUACACCGUUAAGUGAGAUCGUGGACGACGUGAUCCAAAACUGCCCGAUAGACGUCAGGAGGCCACUAUAUAAUAACAUUGUACUAUCGGGAGGCUCCACGAUGUUCAAAGACUUCGGCAGACGGCUACAACGUGACAUAAAACGAAUCGUGGACGCGCGAUUAAAAGUUAGCGAAUUGUUAAGCGGAAGUCUUAUCACGCCGAAGCCUGUAGACGUUCACGUGAUAUCGCAUCACAAGCAACGCUGGGCGGUUUGGUACGGUGGUGCUCUAUUAGCCAGUGACCCAGAAUUCUACAAAGUUUGCCACACGAAGAAGGCUUACCAGGAAUACGGUCCUGGAAUUUGCCGCUACAAUCCCGUGUUUCAUAGCAUGGUGUAAGAUGAAUGAAAAUACAAGUGACGUUCUGUAUAAAAAAGAAUUACACUUCAUGGACUGACGGUCUCUCUCUAAACGUUAUGUCAACAACUUUUCCAAUUUGCUACUACUUGCACUCUUGAAGUUUGAUACCGUAAAACGCGCGUCUUUAAUUAUACAAUUACUAAUGGAAAUAUUUAAAAGGAAACGCCCAGCAUCACACGAGUAAACGCACACAAAAACAGGUUUUUAUGCUUAUUAUUGAAAUACUGUAGCUUUUACGUUUAGUAAAGGUACAGGAAAUCUCGGAAGUUUGAGGACAACUAAUUAACAGCAAAUAAUACGACUGUUACACGAAUCUGUACAUAAGAUAAGUAUUUGAACAUUAAUUCUUUUUUAAUGAGACACACAGAGUAUGUAUUCGGCAUUAUCGUGUGUAAUGUAUUUAUAAGCCGUGGAUAAUUAAAGAGUAUCUUGUUACAAGCAUUGCAA